GUGGUCGGCGGGGGCGGGGCGGGGCGGAGCCCUGGAGGCGGCAGGAAAUCAGCCGGUCCUCGCCGCGCGCGCCCCCAGCUGUCCCGUCCAGCUCGCCCCCGCCGAGCUGUCCCCGCGCCUGGCCAUGGACGCCCCGGAGCCAGGUGCAGAGGGCAGCGGGAGGCAGCGGCCGGGCCAAGAUCACACCCCCUUCCCAGGGCUCCCCCCGGCUCCCGAGGGCAGGAAGAGGUAUAGCGAUAUUUUCCGGAGCCUGGACAACCUCGAGAUCUCGCUGGGGAACGUGAACUUCGAGGUGCUGGCUGGAGACACUGCACUCCUGGAAGACCCGGAGCCUGGCAAGGCCACCCCAGCCACUGUGACCAGUGACGCCAGCCACUGGGGCCGUCCAUCCUCAGAAGGUCCUGUGCCCCUGACAGGGGAGGAACUGGACUUGCGGCUCAUUCGGACCAAGGGGGGUGUGGACGCCGUGCUGGAGUAUGCCAAGAUGUGGAGCCGCUAUGCCAAGGAGCUGUUGGCGUGGACAGAGAAGAGAGCCAGCUACGAACUGGAGUUCACCAAGAACAUCAUGAAGAUCGCUGAGGCCGGCAAGGCAUCCAUCCAGCAGCAGAGCCACAUGCCGCUGCAGUACAUCUACACGCUGUUCCUGGAGCACGACUCCAACCUGGGUGCCCAGGCCCUGGAGACCCUGGCCCAGCAGAAGAGAGACUACUACCAGCCCCUGGCUGCCAAGAGGACUGAGGUGGAGAAGUGGCGGAAGGAGUUCAAGGAGCAGUGGCUGAAGGAGCAGAAGCGCAUGAACGAGGCGGUGCAGGCGCUGCGGCGGGCCCAGCUCCAGUACACGCAGCGCUGCGAGGACCUGAGGACGCGACUGCAGGGGUCCCCCGAGGACUUGGCCCCCCAGGGGUCCCCCGGGCCCAGCAAGCAGCAGGAGCGGAGGCGACGCUCGCGAGAGGAGGCCCAGGUCAAGGCGCAGGAGGCCGAGGCGCUGUACCAGGCCUGCGUCCGGGAGGCCAACGCGCGGCAGCAGGACCUGGAGACAGCCAAGCAGCGGAUCGUUUCCCACGUGCGCAAGCUGGUGUUGCAGGGCGACGAAGUACUGAGGCGGGUGACCCUGGUCCUCUUUGGGCUGCACAGGAAGCAGGCGGAACGGGGCCCCCGCUCCUUUGCCGCCCUGGCCGAGUGCUGCGCACCCUUUGAGCCGGGCCAGCGCUACCAGGAGUUCGUGCGCACACUGCAGCCUGAGGCUCCUCCGCCCCCGCCACCCGCCUUCUCCUUCCAGGAGUUUGCGCCCAACCGGUACAGUUUCCCUCUGGACACCAGAAAGAAGCUCUCCGGGCCACCACCUCCUCGGCUGGACGAGAGCUCUGCCGAGCCGGGGCCUUGGGAGGACGCGGGCGCCGCCUGGCCAGGGACUCUGGGCCCCGCUCCGGGCACCGAUGUGGACAGCGUGGGCGGUGGCAGCGAGUCUCGCUCCGUGGACUCCCCCACUUCCAGCCCAGGCUCCAGCACACGGCGGCUGAUGAAGGUGGCAUCCACAGGCACCGAGUCUUCAGAUGACUUCGAGGAUCGAGACCCAGACCUGGGAGAUGGGCUGGAGAACGGGCUAGGAGUCCCCUUCCGGAAAUGGACGCCCUCCAUCGCGGCUCAGACCCACCGGCUGCGCCGGCUACGGGGCCCAGCCAAGUGCCGUGAGUGCGAAGCCUUCAUGGUCAGCGGGACCGAGUGUGAAGAGUGCUUUCUGACCUGCCACAAGCGCUGCCUGGAGACACUGCUGAUCCUCUGCGGACACCGGCGGCUCCCAGCCCGGACACCCCUCUUUGGGGUGGACUUCCUGCAGCUGCCCAGGGACUUCCCAGAGGAGGUUCCCUUUGUGGUGACCAGGUGCACGGCCGAAAUAGAGCUCCGCGCCCUGGGUGUGCAGGGCAUCUACCGGGUCAGCGGGUCCCGAGUCCGUGUGGAGCGUCUGUGUCAAGCCUUUGAGAAUGGCCGUGCCUUGGUAGAGCUCUCGGGAAACUCACCCCACGACGUCACCGGCGUCCUCAAGCGGUUUCUGCAGGAGCUCACUGACCCCGUGGUCCCCUUCCACUUCUACGAUGCCUUCAUCUCUCUGGCUAAGACCCUGCAUGCAGACCCUGGGGACAGCCCAGGGACCCCCAGCCCCAGUCCCGAGGUUAUCCGCUCGCUGAAGACCCUCUUGGGACAGCUGCCUGACUCUAACUACAACACCCUGCGGCACCUGGUGGCCCAUCUGUUCAGGGUGGCCAUGCAGUUUGAAGAGAACAAGAUGUCUGCCAACAACUUGGGAAUCGUAUUUGGGCCAACGCUGCUGCGGCCACCGAACUGUCCGAGGGCCCCCAGUGCCAGCCCUGUCACCUGCCUGCUGGACUCCGCUCACCAGGCCCAGCUUGUCGAGUUCCUCAUCGAGCACUACGAGCAGAUCUUCGGGAUGGAUGAGCUCCCCCUGGCCACUGAGGCCCUACCCCAGGACCCCAGCUCAGCCCCAGGGCCCCUCACAACCAGCCCCGGCCCUGUUCCUACACCAGCCCCACAGCCCCCAGCCCUGGCCAAGGACCUGGGACCAGACCUGAAGUGCCCCAGUGCCCCAGAGAAGCCCUCUGAGGCCACGCCCUCUGAGGCCACGCCCUCUGAGGCCACGCCUUCCCAGGUGUCAAACUGCAAGGAACUUUUGUGUGUCCGGGAACAAACCUGUGGAUCUCCAAGAGUCUUGGAGCACUGGGAUUCUCUUGUCAGGAUCUCACCCUCGAGCUUCUCCCUGCAGACUGCAGCUAUGCAGAGUGACCAAAGGGAAGGAGAGGCUGAGGACUCGAAAGACAGAGCAGGGGAAGUGCCCAGCCAAGGCCCUGAGGACUCACUCCUGGGGACCCAGUCCCGUGGUCACUUCAGCCGCCAGCCAGUGAAGUAUCCCCGCGGGGGUGUGCGGCCUGUCACCCAGCACCUCUCAGGCUUGGCCCUGGUGGCUUCCAAGCUGUGUGAGGAGGCUCCUGUCCUUGCAGCACCCGGAGGAAGUCUUCGGGCCACCCCCUCCCGCGAGGGCAGCCCCCUGCACCGCACCCCACUUGCCAAGAAUUUCAAGAUCACCCAGGAGACAGCCCAGCUUCUCUCCAAGCUGGACAGCAAGGCUGUCCCCAGGGUCACCUGCUGCCCAGACCCCCAGCCUGAGGAAGCUGAGGUCCAUCUGUGACCACCCCAACAUCCUAAGGAUGGAGCCAGGGCCCCUGCUUGGCAGCUUUCAAACAUCAGGCGGAAGUUCGAGGUUGAAGUUCAGAGUUCCCAUAAGGAAAGACUGCACAGCCUGGGGGAGCCCUAAAAGGCUUUUGGGAGCCAUUUCGGUGUCCCAGGAACUUGCCGCCAGAAGCAUGGUUCAAGCAGCAGAGCCACUCAGGGUCAGCGGUCUCUGGGGUCCAUACUCAAGGUCAAUACAGGUCACAAGAUCUUUGGGGUCCACCCAAAGACUCUGACUUGGGGACAGGGGUGCCUCUUGCUAAGUCAGUAGUGAGCAUUCCACCCCCACCUGUCCCCUCACUGACCCGGGCAACCCAGACCACACCUCCUGGCGGCACUCAGGUCUGGUGGCCUCUGAAUAAACUGUCUUGCAUCCCU